CCCAGGGCUCUGGCUGACAUCUUAAGGCAGCAGGGACCAAUCCCAAUAGGACACUGUGAAAGAGAGACUAUCUCAGCCAUAGAUACCUCUCCCAAAGAGAACACCCCAGUCAGGACCUCUUCCAAAAACCAUUACACCCCAGUGCGCACCUCCAAGAGCAACCCAGGUCACUAUGGAAAAGAUAUUUACCGAAGUGGAGGCCCAGAUCUCCAUAAUUUCAUCUCCUCCGGGUUUGUCACAUUAGGAAGAGGACACACGAAGGAUGACCAAGAACAAAAUUAUAAUCACCUGAUACUAGACAGUGCCACCCAGACACCUACACAUGACAAGCCACGAAUGAACAACAUCCUCACUUCUGCCACCGAACCCUACGACCUGUCCUUCUCCAGGUCCUUCCAGAACCUCUCUCACCUCCCACCAUCCUAUGAAUCUGCUGUCAAGACGAACCCGAGUAAAUAUUCUUCUCUGAAGAGACUAACUGACAAGGAGGCUGACGAGUACUACAUGAGGAGGAGGCACCUGCCCGACCUGGCGGCGCGGGGGACGCUCCCCAUCAACGUCAUCAAGAUGUCCCAGCAGACCAACCACCGGGACAGGCCCCGCCGCCCCAUCCGGGCCAUGUCCCAGGACAGGGUGCUGUCCCCUGAGAGGAUCAUGCCCGAGGAGUUCAGCAUGUCCUACGAACGGAUCCUCUCGGACGAGCAGCUGCUGUCGGCCGAGCGCCUGCACUCCCAGGACCCGCUGCUGUCCCCGGAGCGCUCGGGGUACCCCGAGCAGUCCAUGUCCCGGGCACUGUCCCACACGGAUGUCUUUGUGUCCACACCAGUCUUGGAUCGCUACAGGAUGUCAAAAAUGCACUCCCAUCCCAGUGCCUCAAAUAACUUGUACAACACUCUGGGGAUGACCCCCACCUCGGCCAAGCGCCAGGCCUUCGCCUCGCGCCGCCACAACACCGUGGAGCAACUGCAUUACAUCCCCGGCCACCACCACCACUAUCGCACGGCCAGCAAGACUGAGGUGACUGUGUGAUAGGACCUCGGGCCUUGUACAUACUCUGUAAGGACUGGGGGAGCCACAGCGCCCCACACUGCAGUGGCCUUAUAGGCCAAGGUAACCUCUACUAACUCAGUGUCUGCAAAGACUUCUCUGACAGUCCCAUCCACGUUGUUUUUAAAGCCACCCCUUCAUCGGUGACAUGAGAAGAACCCAAGCAAGCCAACAGACAAUAGUGAGGGAUAAUAGAGGAAAUUUUCCUGAUGUGCAUCAGUUUCUGUCAAAGAAAGCCAUGGUAAUCGAUGGCUCCUUCCAAGGGCUCACCUGCAUCAUCUCAUUGUCCCCAUGAAUUUAGGACUUUUCCGUUGCUCCAGGUAGAAGCAGUCCCAUGCGGCCCGAGGUAGAGAGGAGGAAACACAGCACCCCAUCCUGUCAGGAAGGGGCUUGUCCUCAUGUUUGGUCUUUCUGUAGCAAGGAGGGAAGUUCUGGCUGCUGGGGGUCACCCCCAGGCUGCUCGACACCAGUCAGCACCCACACAUCUGUUCCUUGUCACCCUUGGAGCAAGUUCAAGGGCAGACUUUCCUUGGGGACUGGCAGAUCUAGGGACAAGAAUAGCCUGGCUGAGAAAUAAACUUUUAGUAUAUAUUAAAUAUACUCAUAAGAUACAAACAUACUAGUGCCUACAAAUCGCCUGCUCUCUCAGUGUAGGAAGUAGUGGGGUUGAUGUGUUCAAUAAGCACAAAUACGCUGAAAUGCUUGUUUCCCUUUCCUCCACUCAUCAUUCUAAUAUCUUGGUGUCUCCAACAUGUAAAUAGGAAGGAGGAAUAGGGUUUCUCUUCCUCCAGCUUCUUGCCACUGCUGAACCUAAAGCACCAGAAUUUGUUCAGCUUCGCCCUGCUGAGCUGUGCUGGGGAGGUCCCAACUGCACCAAGAGCCCUGCAAGGCCAGGCUUCCACCCCUGCCCCCGA